UGACCGGAAGUAAAAUCAACCGAAGGUUGUCAGACAGCAGGAAGAUUCUGUAAUGUUUUGUUUUUAUUAAGAUUUUUGGCGGUUAGCGAAUUUGUAGUAAUACUACACGUUUUAUUUUUGUAUAAUUACAGGAAAGAGUCCCAGUGUUGAUAUGUUGAAGUUCAAAUAUCAAGGAAAUGUGAAGGAUCCGUCAUCUUUGGAUCCCAUCACCAUUCGCUGCUCCCGCCUCAACCAACUGCUGCAGGGAAAGAUCAACAUCCAUGGCCAACAGGGAGGGCCUAGUUUAACACGGGAGGAGCUUUUGGAUGCUCUCCUCCUUCUGUACGAGGAGUGCUCUUCCCCAGACCUGAUGAAGAUAGAAUACGUGGCCAACUUUGUCAACAAGUUCUCUGAGGUGGUGUCAGAGGUACAUGAGUUGCAGCCAGGGUUACGGGACUUUGAGAAGUGCGAGUUGGUGGGUCGUGGCCGUUUUGCUGAUGUACAGGUGGUCCGAGAGAGAUCCACGGGAGACGUGUGUGCCUUGAAGGUGAUGGAGAAGGCUUUGCUGCGCUCUCAAGACAAUGUGGCCUAUAUGGAGGAGAGGAGGAUAAUGACUGUGAGCUCCAGCCCUUGGAUCCCGCGUCUCCACUAUGCCUUCCAAGACCAGGACAACAUCUACUUGGUGAUGGAGUACCUUCCCGGCGGUGACCUCAUGGCCCUGAUGAACAGAUAUGAGGAGCAGUUUGAUGAGGCCAUGGCCCAGUUUUACCUGGCGGAACUUGUUGAGGCUAUCCACACUGUGCAUCUGAUGGGCUUUGUUCACAGAGAUGUCAAACCAGAGAAUGUGCUCAUUGAUCGCACGGGACACAUCAAGCUGUCGGACUUUGGUUCUGCUGCCAAACUCACUGCUAAUAAAAAGGUGUUUACCUCCCGGGUACCAGCUGGGACGCAGGACUACCUGUCUCCUGAGGUGUUGGGGGCGUCUAGCUACGGCCUGGAGUGUGAUUGGUGGUCGCUGGGGGUCAUUGCCUACCAGAUGAUCUACAUGAAGUGUCCCUUCUCUGAAGGGACCGCCACCAAGACCACCCACAAUAUCAUCAACUUCCAGCGUUUUCUGAAGUUCCCCCAGGAGCCCAAGGCCAGUAAACACUUUGUAGACCUAGUACAAAGUUUACUCUGUGGAGCACAGGAGAGGCUGGGGUUCGACGAGCUUCGCUGCCACUCUUUCUUUCUUAGUGUGGACUGGAACAACCUGAGACAAGCCCUCCCCCCCUUCGUGCCAGCACUUCGCGCCGAAGAUGAUACCUCCAAUUUCGAGGAGCCUCCGGAGAAGCCUCGGCCCCGGCAAGCGGAUGCCCAGCGAGACCCCGCGUGGCCGGGCUUCCAGGGCCAGGACCUGCCCUUUCUAGGCUGGUUCUUCAGCAGGGCGUUGACAGCGCUGGCCAAGUCUGAGUCAGUGGCUUCAGGCCUCAACUCUCCUGCCAAAACCAACUCCAUGGAGAAAAAGCUUAAUAUUAAAAGCAAAGAACUAGUUGAAACACAAGACAAAUGUCACAAGAUGGAGCAGGAGAUCUCUAGGUUUCAGCGCAAGAUGACUGACCUGGAGUCAGUUCUGCACCAAAAGGAUGUGGAGCUCAAAGCCUCCGAGACCCAGAGGACCAUCCUGGAGCAGGACCUGGCCACCUACAUCACAGAGUGCAGUAGCUUGAAGCGCAGCCUGGAGGCCGCCCGUGUGGAGGUCUCUCAGGAGGAUGACAAGGCCCUGCAGCUGCUGCAUGACAUCAGAGAGCAGAGCAACAAGCUGCAGGAGAUCAAGGAGCAGGAGUACCAUGCCCAGCUGGAGGAGAUGCAGGUUACUAUCAGGCAGCUGGAGGAGGACCUGUCUGCUGCCCGUCGCCGUAGUGACCUGUAUGAGUCAGAGCUCCGAGACUCCCGGAAUACCAGUGAGGAACUGAAGAGGAAGGCUGCAGACUACCAGCAGAGAAUACAGAAGGCAAAGGAGCAGGGGAAAGCUGAGGUAGAGGAGCUUCUUUCCAAAUUGGAGAAGACCAAUGCUGAACAGCAAGUUAAAAUCCAGGAACUUCAAGAUAAGCUCUCCAAGGCAGUGAAAGCCAGCACAGACGCCACAGAGCUUCUUCAGAACAUCCGUCAGGCUAAAGAACGUCUGGAGCGUGAGCUAGAGCGAUUGCGAGGCAAGGCCGACCCUAGCGACACACUCCGACGGCGUCUCAGGGAGACUGAGGAGGGCCGAAAGACCCUGGAGAACCAGGUGAAGCGUCUAGAGAUGGUGGAGCGGAGGGAGAACAAGCUGAAGGAUGACAUCCAGACCAAAUCCCAGCAAAUACAGCAGAUGGCCGAUAAGAUCCUGGAGCUGGAGGAGAAUCUGAGGGAGACCCAGUCCACGGCCCAGAGGAUGGAGGCUCAUCUGGUUCAGAAGGAGAGGCUCUAUGAGGACAAAAUUAAGGUCCUUGAGGCCCAGAUGAAGGUGGAUCUGGCAGACAAGGAGAGCCUAGAGUCCAAACGGGCCCAGCAUGAGGAAGAGGCCCGGGAGAAGUGCAAGCUUCUCAGUGAGCAGAAAGCAACCAUCAAUGCCAUGGACUCCAAGAUGAAAAAUCUGGAACAGCGAAUUGCAGAGCUCUCUGAGGCUAACAAGCUAGCUGCUAACAGUAGCAUCUACACCCAAAAAAACAUGAAAGCCCAGGAGGAGAUGAUAUCAGAGCUAAGGCAGCAAAAGUUCUACCUAGAGUCACAGGCAGGGAAGCUGGAGGCCCAGAACACCAAGCUGGAGGAGCACCUGGAGAAGAUGAACCAGCAGGAGCAGAGCAAGAGGAGCCGUCUGCUGGAGUUGGAGACCAGGCUGCGAGAGAUGGGUCUGGAGCACGAGGAGCAGAAGCUGGAGAUCAAGCGUCAGGUGACAGAGCUGACGUUGUCGCUGCAGGAACGGGAGUCCCAGAUCAGCGGCCUGCAGGCUGCACGCCACGCCCUGGAAAGCCAGCUGCAGCAGGCCAAGACGGAACUGGAGGACACCACGGCAGAGGCUGAGGAGGAGAUCACUGCCCUCAGGGCUCACCGAGAUGAAAUCCAACGCAAGUUUGAUGCUCUUAGAGACAGUUGCUCUGUGAUCACCGACCUGGAGGAGCAGCUGACCCAACUGAGCCAGGAGAACGCAGAGCUGAACAGACAGAACUUCUACCUGUCCAAGCAACUGGACGAGGCCACAGACGAGACGGACGACCGCCUACAGUUGGGACAGGAUGUGGACCGUCUACGCCGUGAGGUGGCUGACCGCGAGAUGCACCUCAACAACCAGAAACAGAACAUUGAGACAUUGAAGACAACAUGCAGCAUGCUGGAGGAGCAGGUUGUGGAGCUGGAGAGUCUGAAUGAUGAGCUGCUGGAGAAGGAGAGGCAGUGGGAGGCCUGGAGGGGAGCGCUGGAGGAUGAGAAGAGCCAGGCUGAGCGGAGGACCCGAGACAUGCAGCGCCUGGUCGACAACGAGAAGCAGAACAGGCUGCGCGCGGAUCAGCGCAGUACUGAGUCUCGCCAGGCGGUGGAGCUAGCUGUCAGGGAGCACAAGGCGGAGAUAGUGGCCCUGCAGCAAGCUCUUAAAGAACAGAGACUGAAGGCAGAGUCUCUCUCUGACACGCUGAAUGAUCUAGAGAAGAAGCAUGCCAUGCUGGAGAUGAAUGCUCGCAGCCUCCAGCAGAAACUGGAGACGGAGAGGGAGCUGAAACAGAGGUUAAUGGACGAGCAAGGCAAGCUGCAGCAGCAGAUGGACCUACAGAAGAGCCACAUCUUCAGACUGACCCAGGGGCUGCAGGACGCUCUGGACCAGACGGACCUGCUGAAGACAGAGAGGACCGACCUCGAGUACCAGCUGGAGAACAUCCAGGCUGUGUAUUCACACGAGAAAGUCAAGAUGGAAGGCACUAUUUCUCAACAGACCAAGCUAAUUGACUUCCUCCAGGCCAAAAUGGACCAGCCGACUAAGAAGAAGAAGGGUAUCUUUGGGCGUCGGCGUGAUGAGCUGGGGCCCAAUGGAAACGCUGCUGGGGCUCCCGGGCCCCCGGCUCAGCCGGCAGUCCCCAUGCAGUACAGUGACAUGAAGGUGGCCCUGGAAAAGGAGAGGACACGCUGCUCUGACCUGGAGGAGGCCCUGCAGAAGAUGAGGAUAGAGCUGAGAUCCCUCAGAGAAGAGGCGGCCCAUUUCAAAGCCUCAGAGCACGCCCCGGCCACGCCCGCAUCAGCGCGCCAACAGAUCCUCAUGUCGGCUAUCGUCAAGUCCCCUGAGCGCCAGCCGAACCCCAGCAGCCUCCUUGCACCGUCCAGCUCUGCUCGCUGCAAGGAGAGCUCUACUCCUGAAGAGAAGAGAAGGGUGACUUUUGAAAAGUAUGGACGUCGUGUGAAGGAGAGGAUGCAUCACAACAUCCCCCAUCGCUUCACUGUGGGACUGAACAUGAGGGCCACCAAGUGUGCUGUCUGCCUGGACACGGUACACUUCGGCCGCCAGGCUGCCACCUGCCUUGAGUGCCGUACUCUGUGUCACCCCAAGUGCUCACCCUGCCUCCCUGCCACGUGCGGGCUGCCGGCAGAGUAUGCUAACCACUUCUCCGAGGUGUUGUGUCGGGAGAAGGCCAACUCACCAGCCUUGCAGCUCAAAGAGGCCACUGGCCAUGUACGACUGGAGGGCUGGAUGAAACAGCCCAGGAACGCCAAACGAGGCCAACAGGGCUGGGAGAGGAAGUAUGUUGUGCUGGAUGGGACCAAGGUGUCCAUCUACGAUUCAGAACCCAGAGAAGAUUCCCUGAAUCCUGAGGAGGAGUUUGAACUCUGUCUGCCGGAUGGAGAGGUCACCAUCCAUGGGGCCGUGGGUUCCUCUGAGCUCAUCAACACAGCCAAGUCAGAUAUCCCGUAUGUCCUAAAGCUGGAGUCACACCCCCACACCACCUGUUGGCCCGGCCAGUCACUGUACUUCAUGGCUCCCAGCUUCCCAGACAAGCAGCGCUGGGUGGCUGUCCUGGAGUCAGUUGUAGCUGGAAGCAGGGGCUCCAAGGAUAAAGUGGAGGCUGACGCGGCAGGUGUUCCUAAAAGACAGAAGAACCUCUCCCCACUGGUCCAGAAACUGCUGGGUAACUCUCUGCUGAAGCUGGAAGGAGACGACCGCCUGGACAUUAACUGUACCCUGCCCCUCACCGACCAGAUCGUGUUGGUUGGCUCUGAGGAAGGCCUGUACGCCCUCAACGUCAUUAAGAACAGCCUGACUCACAUCCCAGGGCUGGCAUCCGUCUUCCAGAUCCAGAUCCUGAAGGAGCAUGAAAAGCUGCUCAUAAUUACAGGAGAGGAGCGGGCUUUGUGUCUGGUGGAGAUUAAGAAGGUGAAGCAGUCUUUGUCUCAGUCCCACCUCCCAGCCCAGCCAGAUCUCAACCCAUACAUCUUUGAGACAGUCAAGGGUUGUCAUCUCUUCUCCGCUGGCAAGAUGGAGAAUGGAAUGUGCAUCUGCGCAGCCAUGCCCAAUAAGAUCACCAUCCUGCGCUACAACGACAGCCUGGGUAAGUUCUGCAUCAGGAAGGAGAUUGAGACGUCAGAGCCCUGCAGCUGCAUCCACUUCACAGGCUACAGCAUCAUCAUCGGCACCAACAAGUUCUACGAGAUUGAGAUGAAGCAGUACAUGCUGGAAGAGUUCCUGGAUAAGAAUGAUGUAACAUUGGCAUCGGCUGUCUUUGCGGCCUCCUCCCACAGCUUCCCGAUCUCUAUAAUCCAGGUCACCCAAGCACCCCAGAAAGAAGAGUACCUCCUCUGCUUCCAUGAAUUUGGAGUGUUUGUGGAUGCCUACGGCCGUAGAAACCGAAGUGAGGACAUCAAAUGGAGUCGUCUGCCUCUCUCAUUUGCCUACAGAGAGCCCUACUUGUUUGUGACCUAUUUUAACUCGUUGGAUGUGAUCGAGAUCCAGGGACACUCUGCUCUAGGGGCCCACUCGUACGCUCACCUGGACAUACCGAACCCUCGCUACCUGGGUCCUGCCAUCUCCUCCGGGGCCAUCUACCUUGCCUCGUCCUACCAGAACAAGCUCCGCGUCAUCUGCUGUAAGGGCAACCUAGGACAGGAGGGGGAGCUGCAGAGGAAUGGAUCUGGACGCAGCCCCAACAAGCGGGGGCCACCCUCUUACAAUGAGCACAUCACCAAGCGCUUGGCAGCCAGCCCUGCGUUGCACAGUGACCCGGGCACGCCGCACCGCUUCCGCGAGGCCCGCACAGAGUUCCGCCGGGACAAGUCGCCCGGCCGCCCGCCGCACCCCGUGGAGAGGGAGAAGUCCCCCAGCAGCAGGAUGAUGAUGGACCCCCGCUUGGCCGGGUCUCCCGGUCGGGCCAUGGGAGGGGACCCGUGCCUUGACCGCUCCCCAGGGAGGCUGAUGGAGCGGGAGGUGAGGAGGGAGAGGUCGCCCGGCCGGGGUUUGGAAGAGCAGCAGCCUGGGGUCCGCCAGAGACUCCACACCAGCUCUGUUCGCCAGCCGCUCACCACCAUCAACAAGGUUUGGGAUCAGUCAUCUGUUUGAGUGACAGUACUGCAGAAGAUUGACAUCUCCAGCACAGCACAGGAUUCUGUUUUAACCAGGGAGGAAGGUGUUCAGAAUACUGCAUAACCUCAAGCCCUAUGGGAAAAGCAGCUAAAGCAUUGAAGACCCCCUGUCAAUGCUGAAUGUCUAAUGGUUUUAAUAGAAUAAAUCAUGAUAACGCAAUUGUCUCACCCACACACAAUUUCCCCUCCUUUUUAUUGCCUCAAUUUGCACCUUCCUUUUUUGGUACCAUCACGGUCCGUAUGCCACAAUCAGGACAAGAACCCGGGUCGCAAUGACACCACUUGUCGCAGUGCCCCCAUGAUUAUACAAUGUUGAUAUACAAAUAAUUUUGGCAAUGACAAAAACACUCAGAGUCACUUGCAGAAAUACUUACAAUAUCCACUAAAGUAAAUCGUUAUAGGACGUCUUAGUAAACUGCUCUCAAAGAAGACUGAGGAUCCAAAAAUCAGUAAAUGUCCGCUUGAUCAUCAGACAUAUGGUCAUCUCUGGUCCUAGAGGGAUGCAGUCUGACUGCAGGCGUCUCAAUGAAUCCUGGUCUCAGAUCAAGUGUAUAAUGUGUGUUUGUUAGAGCUUGUCUGGAUUGGAGUCUACACACUGCAGGUGUCUUGGAUUGGUCCAUCCUUGAGAUAGAUUACUUCCGCUAACACACACUAGAGCUGCGCUACCCACAUUCCUCAGCACCGGCAGUCUCUCGGGAACAGGAAUAAACCCAUUAUAAAUCAUUAUAUCGCUAUUUGACACUGUAAAUAGGCAGAGUUUUGGUCUGAAAUGGCUCACUAGUUUCCAUAUUGUAUACUACUUUUGACUGAGGGCCACAGUGCUCUGGUCAAAAGUAGUACCCUUUACAGUUAUUAGGGUGUGAUUUCAGAGAGAGACUAACUUUUUAUAGAUACUGAAAGGGAACCUCAGGCUGGAAAAGCCGUGUCUAUUUUUGUUAAAGAGAAAAGUGAUUGUUUUGUGUCCUCUUGAAUGUUGAAUGAAUAUUUUUCUUUUAAAAACAUUAAGUGAGCAUUUUGCCUUGGACCCAUCUUGUGUAAUGCACUUCACAUGCAAAAGCAACAUGUGGCUUCAGAAAUCAUUAACGCCAUACAAAUUAAUUGAUUUAUUGUAUAACGGAUGCACCUUUUGACAUUUCUUGCAGCAAAGGGUAUUGAGAAAAGUGUUGAGAAAAGAGAUGCACAACUCCCUCAGAUUAUGGAAACCAACCUGCCUCACUAGGCCAGGAAAAGCUGCGCUAUCCCUUUUGAUCAAUGAGGUCUAGACAAGUACACUAUGUAUUAAGCUAAGGUUGCUAUAGUAUUUUUACAAGCAUGUAAAUUUUUUCGUAUUACAUUUUUUUCAUUUACUCAUCAGUCACGAUACUAAAAUCCGUUAAACAGUAAAUCAUGUUUGUUUGGUUUAAGCUUAAAACAUACUACUUGAAUAUUCAUUUUUAACCCUGAUCUCCCUUCCCCUCUUGUGUAUAUACCCCCAGAUUGUUGUAUAUGAUUGAAGAAGAAUACAUUUUCUUGAUUGAUAGAUUUGUAAAAGGCAUGUAUUUAAUUGAGAAUGUAAAAGACAUCAUGUGAUAUUCAGCACACGCUUUGAAUAAGUGAAAUACGUGUAAUUCAACAUUGGAGCAUGAGAACGAUAGAGAAGUAAUUUCUAUGUUUUAGUUGGCCUUCAAUUUCCAUUAUUUCCAAAACUAUUAUGGGCGACAUUUUCCUACCGCUAAACACCUCAGGCAGCAAGUAUUUUCACUUAAAAGUAAUCUACUUUUGAUGUAGCCUAGAUUAUAGUUGAUUGACGUCCGUCUUCAAUUUUUUUUUUAUUGAGAUUCAACCUUUACGACAAAAUUUUGUAUAUCACUGAAAGGUCGCGUAGCAGUUCCGUCUAGAACAACAGUGUUGCCAGAUGGGGUAGUUUCCUGACAAUUGGGCUAUUUUUUAUGACAGUGAGUGGGCAAAAAGGGGCUUGGGCGAGUCGAUUUACGGAUUGGGUUGUAUAGAACAAAUAGCGUUCAGGUGGAUUUUUUCUGGAGUCCGUGGGUGAUUGGGCAGUUUACCAUUAAUGAAGUCUGGCAACAUUGUAGAACAGUUUAGUCUACAUGUGCAAUAAACAACAUUUAGCUCAUGAUCUCUAUAUGUGGAAGUAGCGUUUACUCAGCAUCUGGGUGGGUGUUCACAGGGUUGUAAAUUGAUUUAAUUUCAUACGUGCCUAUCCAUUUACCAUCCGCUGCUACCCUCCCCGUUUUCUGUUUUUGGAAACACAGAGAGUCAAAAAACCAAUAUGACAUCUGUGCGUUUUCAGACAGUUUAGACGAGGAACAUGUCGCCCUGUUCUCGAUAUGAUGAUGUUGAUGUCUUACAAAUGCUAAAAGGUUUACUAGCUUUCCAUGUAGAUUUCUGUCACACUAAUAAACAUAACCUAUGGCGUAUA